CAGAAACUCAAACAGAGAGAGAGAUCAAAGUUGUGUCACGCAAAAAAUGGAGAAGGAUAUGAUCGGUGCAUCCAGAGCUCAUUGUUUAGUCUUUCCCUAUCCAGCUCAAGGACACAUUAAUCCUAUGGUGGAAUUCUCCAAGCGUUUGAAGCACAAAGGAGUGGAAGUUACACUGGUUAACACCCACUUCAUCUCCAAGAACAUACAAAAAGAAGGUAACUCCAUCGCGCUAGAGACCAUCUCCGAUGGCUACGACGAAGGCGGGAGAGAGCAAGCAGAGAACGACCAAACCUAUUUGGAGCGCUUUGAGAGAGUCGGUUCGAAAAAUCUGACCGAACUCCUGGAGAAACUUUCUAGGUCAGGGCGUCCUGUUAACUGUAUUGUUUAUGAUCCUUUCUUGCCUUGGGCUCUUGACAUAGCCCAAGAGUCUGGAUUAGUCGCAGUGGUGUUUCUCACUCAAUCCAUUGCUGUCGAUAUUAUAUACUACCAUGUCCACAAGGGAGAGCUGAAACUCCCUCUUUUAGAGCCAGAAGUUUUGCUUCCUGGCUUGCCACCUCUCGAACCUCAAGACAUGCCAUCCUUCAUUUACAAGUUGGGAUCCUAUCCAGAUAUCUUCGACAUGCUCGUGGGGCAAUUCUCUAAUGUUGAGAAAGCUGAUUGGGUCCUUUGCAACACCAUAUAUGAGCUGGAACAAGAGGCGGUGGAUUGGAUGUCAAAGAUAAUGCCUAUGAGGACGGUGGGACCAACAAUUCCAUCUAUGUUCUUAGACAAGCGGCUUGAAGAUGAUAAAGACUAUGGUCUCAGCAUCUUUAAACCAAACACCGAUGCCUGGGUGAAAUGGUUAAAUGAUCGCCCGAAAGGGUCUGUUGUUUAUGUCUCUUUUGGGAGUAUGGCCAUUCUUGAAGUUGAGCAAAUGCAAGAACUGGCAUGGGGUCUGAGGAUGAGCAACAACUAUUUCUUGUGGGUGGUAAGGGCGUCAGAGGAGGCAAAACUCCCCAAAAACUUUGUAGAGGAGACGUUAGAAAAGGGAUUAGUGGUUCAAUGGUGUCGUCAAUUAGAGGUCUUAACACACGAGGCAGUAGGAUGUUUUGUGACCCAUUGUGGGUGGAACUCCACGUUGGAGGCCCUGAGCUUCGGCGUUCCAAUGGUUGCAAUGCCACAAUGGACAGACCAGAGUACGAAUGCAAAGUAUAUUAUGGAUUUUUGGAAGAUGGGACUUAAAGCUCCGAUGGAUGAGAAAGGGUUAGUGAGGCGAGAAGGAGUAGUGCACUGCAUAAUGGAGAUAAUGGAAGGAGAGAGUGGAGAAGAGAUAAAGAAAAAUGCCUUCAAAUGCAGAAAAUUGGCAAAAGAGGCUAUUGACAAAGGUGGAAGUUCUGACAAAAACAUUGAAGAAUUUGUAGCUAAUCUGGUUGCUCGUAGCUCGUAAGUCCUAGUUAGAUGAUCUUCCCUUCCAUCAAUAAAAAUGUUAUAUCUCCACACAAAAAAUAUUAUAAAAAAAAGUUGUGAUGUGGCAAAUAUUAUAUAAAAAAAAAAAGUUAUGAUGUGGGGUAGCUUAAUGAAUUAUUUCAGAUUUAUUUUAAAAUAAAAAAACAUUUUACAAGAGAAAUUAUAUGACUUUCCUUUAUAAAUUUAUAUAAAUUUACAUCAAAUUAUAUCCUAUUUACUUUUUGUAAAAUAGGCCAUUUUGUAAUCAUAUUCAAUCUCAUAAGGAUUAGGAAUGGUGAACAUCCUAAUCCAGUUGCUGACAAAUCUCUGUCCUCAUGAAGUUGAGCUAUAUAUCCGGCUUACUGAUAUUCUCUUGUAAGUACCAUUUUAGGGUGGAGCUUUGCUAGCUACUCGUAAAGUAGUUGUGAAUAAUCUUUUCAUUGUAAUAAAUUGAUCACAAAAGUUCAUUUUCUUAGUAUCAUACACUCUACUUUUAUAUUUA